AUGGCCCUGGGUGACUCCGUGGCUGUGGACCUCAACAAGAGCAAAGUGACAAAGAACGUCAGCGAGCCCGGACACAGCCAGCACCGCAGCCUCACUCAUGACACCAAGUUCGUGUGGGACAUGAUCCAGGAGGUGUGUGGCUUCCUGCCCUACGAGCAGCAUGCCAUUGGGCUGGUCAAGGUGUCCAAGGACAAGCACAUGCCCAAGUUCAUCAAGAAGAGGGUGGGCACGCACAUGCACACCAAAAGGAAGCGGGGUUCCUUAGAGUGGGAACCUCCCCAUUAG